AACAAUCCUUCCAUUUUCCACUAAAGGCAGCAAUGUCUUACCCAACAGUUGGUGUCACCGGCAUUACUACCGGAGUCACAUCUGUCGACUGCCAGAAACAAGUCCGGUCGUGGCGGCUUCUUCGUUCUCUCUUUGAGCUCUUGCUUCCUAGCUGCAACUGCUUCUUAGAAGACCAAGAAAUCAAACAAGAAAAUCACCUCCAUAAUUUCUAUUUCACUCCAAAACCCACCUUGACUUCUCCGACCACCAUCACCGGCACCAUUUUUGGGUACCGUAGAGGAAAAGUAAGCUUCUGUAUCCAAGCAAACUCCAAGUCCACUAACCCAAUUCUCCUCCUUGAAUUCGCCGUCCCUACCAGCGUUUUAGCCAGAGAAAUGCAAGGCGGCAUCCUCCGGAUUGCGCUAGAAUGCACAGGAAGACACAACGCAAAUUCUCAAUCACUUCUGUCUAUGCCUGCAUGGACCAUGUAUUGCAACGGAAGGAAAGUCGGCUACGCAAUGAAGCGCAGGCCUACAAAAACCGACAUGGAUGCUCUGAGACUGAUGAGUUCGGUGGUUGUCGGUACCGGAAUGAUUAGUGGAAAGGAACUCGAUCAAGAUGAAGAGCUCAUGUACCUGAGGGCGAGCUUUGAGAGAGUUCGCGGGUCACCGGAUUCUGAGUCUUUCCAUUUGAUUGACCCAGACGGGAACAUUGGGCAGGAACUAAGCAUUUUCUUUUUCUGGUCGACGUGAAGUUGAAAUUUUUUUCUCAAUUUGGAGUAUUUGUAGUUCUACGGUUAAUUUCUUUGUCUGAUUAGUAGAGAGUGGGGAUUAAACCUUGAAAAUCUAUGGCUAAAACACAAAAAACUCCCAUCACUAAACUACAUGACUGAUGGCAUAGGGUUAAUUUGUUGUAUAACCAGUUUUUGUCCCCGAUUUUGAGGUUUGCUUAUUUCAGCAUAGCUUUUGGCAUGCAUGAUUGGGAUACCAAUGUAUUUUUAAAUUAU